CGGGACCUUUUGAAUGAGAGGCGUACACCUUAACCUCUAGGCCACGAGAGCCCCCUUCUUUGGUUCACUGGAUGUGCGUUGUAAGGAAAGGGUGCCUCAUUAUUACGUAACUGCCGUGUGGAACUUUGGAAAAUAUUGACAAUAAUAAAUGACUUCUCAUCAGCACCGUUGUGAACGAUGAGGAAUUUCCUGCCCUGUACAGCCGUUCUCCUGACCUUUCUGUGUAGCCUCCAGGGGUCAGAGGGCAGGGGUCGACUCGUUGACCCCCCGGCUCGGGCGUCCAUGUGGAGGUUUGGGUUCAAAACUCCCGUCAAUUAUAACGACAACGGCUUGAACUGUGGCGGGCCUGCUCUGAUGUGGGGCACAAACCAGGGCCGGUGUGGAGUGUGUGGUGACCCCUACAACGGGGUCAGGGAGAACGAGGCCGGGGGCAAGUACGCCACGGGACUCAUCGCACGGACAUACACAAGCGGACAG